CACAGGCCGGAUAUUGAAAGGAUCGUUUGUAACAAGGCAGAAAUCUGUUCGCCUCUUCCAGAAAGCUGCUUUGUAGGAGAGUGUUGAUUAAAGUGAGGUUCAUGUCUGAGGAGCACUCAUCGUGGCAUUAUGGAGAGCUUGGGCCUGCAAGCGGUGACCCUCACUGAUGGGACGACAGCCUAUAUUCAGCAGGCCAUCAAAGAAGAGAAGUUGAUUGAAGGGCAAGUGAUCGAGCUUGAGGAUGGGACCACAGCUUAUAUCCAUCAAGUGACAGUCCAGAAAGAAUCUGUAGCUUUCGAAGAUGGGCAGCCAGUUGUGUUGGAGGAUGGCAGCAUGGCGUAUAUACAUACUGCCCCUAAAGAGGGUUAUGACCCCAGCACCUUGGAAGCGGUCACCACUGCCUACAUCCAUCGUCCUGUGAUUAUGCCAGCUGGCAGCACCAUCCUGGCAGUGCAGGCGCAAACAGAGGUGGGAGAGUUGGCCGGGGAGGAGGAAGAUGAUGCCUUUGACACUGACACCAUUAACGCGCUCAAGCAAUACACCAGCAAGGUCUCUGAGGUGGACGAGGGAGUUGCUAGCAUCUGCCACUUGAAGCCACAGGAGCCGAACAGUGCCCCUUCUCAGGAUCUGCAGGAAGAGGAAGUGCGCAGCAAUGGGAAGGGGCAGCAGGUUGGCGACAGAGCCUUUCGCUGUGGGUACAAAGGCUGUGGCCGUCUCUAUACCACAGCCCACCAUUUAAAGGUGCACGAGCGAGCCCACACGGGUGACCGGCCAUACAGGUGUGAUUUUCCCAGCUGCGGGAAAGCAUUUGCCACAGGGUACGGGCUGAAGAGCCAUGUGAGAACGCACACGGGUGAGAAGCCUUACAAGUGUCCAGAAGACACAUGCAGCAAAGCUUUCAAAACCUCUGGGGACCUGCAGAAACACACCCGGACACACACAGGCGAGCGCCCCUUCAAAUGCCCCUUCGAAGGCUGUGGUCGCUCCUUCACCACCUCCAACAUUCGGAAGGUCCAUGUCCGGACACACACGGGGGAGCGCCCGUACCUGUGUCCCGAGCCCAGCUGUGGAAGAGGGUUCACCAGUGCCACCAACUACAAGAAUCAUAUGAGGAUCCACACAGGAGAGAAGCCAUACAUGUGCACGGUGCCAGGCUGCGGGAAGCGCUUCACAGAGUACUCCAGCCUGUACAAGCAUCACGUGGUGCACACACACUGCAAGCCCUACACCUGCAAUAGCUGCGGGAAGACCUACCGCCAGACCUCCACGCUGGCCAUGCACAAGCGUAACACCCACGGCGAGCUGGAGGCCACUGAGGAGAGCGAGCAGGCCCUCUACGAGCAGCAGCAGCUGGAAGCUGCCGAGAAGGGCCCCCCACCAAAACGCCGACAUAUUACUUUCCUGUCAGAGGAAGAGGAGGAGGAAGAGGAAGAGGAGGACAGUACGCCUACCCCAGUGUCACUCAUCACCCAAGAUGGGACACAGCAGGUCAGUCUGUCCCAUGAGGACCUACAGGUGCUGGGCAGCGCGAUCAGCAUGGUGACACAGGGCGGGACCAUCACCAUGCCACAGGGAGACCUCGCGGCUUCCGGCACACAUACUGUGACUGUGGUCAGCGCGGAUGGCACCGAGGCGCAGCCGAUUACAAUAGUCGCCCCUGGGGCUGUCCUGUCUGAAGAGUCGACUAUAGCUUCUCUCCAUCAUCAGCAGGUGGCAUUGCUAGCGACUGCCAAUGGCACUCAUAUUGCAGUGCAGCUGGAAGAACAGCAAAGCCUGGAGGAGGCCAUCAGCAUGGCAACAGCAGCAAUGCAACAGGAGACUGUGACACUGAGCACAGCUGUGUCUGAGAACGGGUGCUGAGGCGGCACUGAUGUAUGCAUAGGCAGGCUCGUGCUGAGCCAGGGCAGCCAGUGACUGGACUCUUGUUUUCGGGUGGGGAUUUCCCUGCCAGUUGCCACGCAGAAGACAAACCGCAGUGUGCAAAUACAAGGAGGGGUCUGUGCUGUCUGUUACCUGCACCUGGCCGGGUUACCUGGCAGGCCGUGAGAGCACAUGCAAGAGAGGUCUGGGCUGCCUAGGGAUCCUUUUUAAAGGCUUGCCCAUGAUUUUCUAGGACAUCUUUCUGAGAAGCCCCAAAACUGUCCUGGGAUCCAAGCUGUAGCUCAAGGAUGAACCUGCUCACUCUCCAUGGAGAAGGACCUUCCCCAGGCCUGAAGAGGAGGAAACUCAUAUCCCUUUGUUAACUCAUUUGUGGCCAGGAUUUCCAAAUUGUGCUGAUCUUCUGCCCUGCGCAUGGAGCCGCAGAGAUCCCAGCAGCAAGGGCCAAGGGGAGGUAGCCAGUGGUUCAGAGAGGUGGCUCCUGCAGUCUUACCCCAAAGCCUGUAGGAAUGGGCACAUGGUCUGAGCACCCCCACCCCCUUCCCCUCCUGGGAAAUUCCUGCACAAGUGGCAAGUAGGCAGCAUCUGCACCCAAGCAAUAAAGCACCAUCAAAGCACCCCAGGCUGUCCCAGUCCCAGUGUUUUGAGCGGUGAUAUCCCUACCCCCCUGGGUGUCAGAGUCUGUCCCCAGCAUGCAGAGGCAGGACCCCAUCAACUUGGCUGCCACAGCCCUGCCCCCAGAUCACCCAUUUUGACUGAAUGGCCAAGUUACAGAUUCCGCUGCUGUGGAGCAGGCCCAAGCACUCCCUCUGCUUGAGCACACCAACACUUCUCGGGGACUGAGCUGGGCUGAGUUGGUACAUAAUGACUUGGAAUGAAACAAAUUAAAGUUUUUAUAUCCUU